AUGCCCGCAACCAAUCUUCUACUCCUUAUCUUACCCACCCUAAUUGCCAUAGCGUUCCUAAUGCUAACCGAACGGAAAAUCUUGGGCUAUACACAACUACGCAAAGGCCCCAAUGUCGUAGGCCCCUACGGCCUACUACAACCUUUCGCCGACGCAAUAAAACUCUUCACCAAAGAGCCUCUAAAACCAUCCACAUCAACCACCACCCUUUACAUCAUCGCCCCAACCCUGGCUCUCACCAUUGCCCUCCUACUAUGAACUCCUCUCCCCAUACCCAACCCCUUAAUUAACCUCAACUUAGGCCUCCUAUUUAUUCUAGCUACAUCCAGCCUAACCGUCUACUCUAUCCUAUGAUCAGGAUGAGCAUCAAACUCUAACUACGCCCUAAUCGGCGCAUUACGAGCAGUAGCCCAAACAAUUUCAUACGAAGUCACUCUAGCCAUUAUUCUACUGUCAGUCCUAUUAAUAAAUGGCUCAUUCAACCUCUCUACCCUUAUUACAACACAAGAGCACAUCUGACUACUUCUACCAACAUGACCCCUGGCUAUAAUAUGAUUUAUCUCCACACUAGCAGAAACCAACCGAACACCCUUUGACCUCACUGAGGGGGAAUCAGAACUGGUCUCAGGAUUCAAUACCGAAUAUGCUGCGGGCCCAUUCGCCCUAUUCUUCAUAGCCGAGUACAUAAACAUCAUUAUAAUAAACGCCCUAACCAACAUAAUCUUCCUGGGCACCACCUACGACGCCCAUCUACCAGAACUCUACACAACAUGUUUCGCUGUCAAAACCCUACUUUUAACCUCCCUAUUUCUGUGAAUCCGAACAACAUACCCCCGAUUCCGCUACGACCAACUCAUAUACCUCCUAUGAAAAAAUUUCCUACCACUCACCCUAGCACUACUCAUAUGACAUCUUUCUUUAUCCGCUAUAAUUGCCAGCAUUCCCCCCCAAACCUA